AUGUCUACCUCUACGGAGCCUUCACGAAAAUCUAUGCCUUCUGCCUUGAGAUUUGAGCGCCACUCGAAAUGUUCGACCACCAAGGCCCGUGCUAGUACUCUUCACCUCCCCCAUGGCUCCGUUCCUCUUCCAAUCUUCAUGCCUGUCGCGACGCAAGCAUCCCUUAAAGGCUUGACCUACGACCAGUUGCGCGAUACGGGAUGUAUGCUCUGUUUGAACAACACCUACCACCUCGGACUUAAACCAGGACAAGAAGUUCUGGAUGCAGUCGGUGGUGCCCAUAAAUUGCAGGGCUGGGAUCGGAAUCUUUUGACCGAUAGCGGCGGCUUUCAGAUGGUGUCUCUACUCAAGCUUGCGACCGUCACCGAGGAAGGUGUGCGCUUUUUGAGUCCCCAUGAUGGCUCUCCUAUGCUUCUCACCCCCGAACACUCGAUUUCCCUCCAAAAUUCAAUCGGCUCCGAUAUCAUCAUGCAAUUAGACGAUGUGAUUGCGACGACAUCCCCGGAUCACGCCCGAAUUAAAGAAGCAAUGGAGCGUUCAGUACGCUGGUUAGAUCGGUGCAUUGACGCCCACAAGUAUCCCGAGCGACAGAAUCUAUUUUGCAUCAUUCAAGGUGGUCUUGAUCUGGAACUGCGGAAGCAGUGCUGCGAGGAGAUGGUGGCUCGUGAUACACCCGGUAUCGCCAUUGGAGGUCUAUCUGGUGGUGAGGCCAAGGAAGAAUUCUGUAAAGUCGUGGAUACAUGCACAGGGCUCCUUCCAGACAACAAGCCUAGAUACGUGAUGGGCGUGGGAUACCCCGAGGAUAUGAUCGUGGCUGUGGCUCUCGGUGCGGAUAUGUUUGAUUGUGUGUGGCCAACUCGGACAGCGCGUUUCGGAAAUGCCAUUGUUUCCGCUGGAACGUUUAACCUCCGUAACCGCGCCUAUGCGGAGGAUUUUACUCCUAUUGACGAGAACUGCACUUGUAUAUGCUGUCGGCCAACUGACCAAGGAGGCUUAGGAGUCACCAAGGCAUUCAUUCACCACAUCACUGCGAAGGAAACAGUUGGUGCUCAUCUUUUGACCGCACAUAAUGUUCACUUCGUCUUGAAAUUGAUGGGUGAGGCUCGCCAGGCUAUCAUCGAAGACCGGUAUCCAGCCUUUGUUAGACAAUUCUUCUCCAACAUAUAUAACGGAGAUAAAUCCAAGUACCCCGAAUGGGCUGUGGGGGCUUUACGGGGUGUUGGGAUGGAUUUACUAUCCGAUUAA